AUGGAUUGCUUUCUCACUGAUCUUCAACGCAAAUUUCUCGACAUCGUAAGUUUGAUACUUUUUUCGUUUUUGUGAAAACUUCCCUUUUUUUUAGAUUUGCAGCUCGGAGAGAGAUCCUCAAACAUUGUUCCAGAAAGAUCCGGAAUGCGAUGGACAAUUAGAGGUAGAUGAGAAACAAAACCAAAACCCCAGGUUUCAAUCAAAACUUCAUCUUUUAGAAUGUCACCGAGUAUUUCAAGAUGUUGCUCAUCGAAAAAUGUCGUCUUCAAAAAUACGGUCAAGCCAAUUUCGCGAUUCAUUUGCUUGACGAAGAGAUUUGUCGACUUUUCAUGGCUCCCGUCUCAAUUUCUGACAUCAAUUUGCUCGAACAAUGUGGACAAGAAGCGUUGAGAAAUGCCGAAAUGAUGGGAAUGAUGACCGAUUCGGAAGAAUCGAUGAUUUGUCAUGAGGAAGAGGUGACAUUGACUGAAAAUGUAUAUAUACCAGUUGACGAAUAUCCGUCGUAUAAUUUUAUUGGGCGAAUUAUCGGGCCACGUGGAACUACUGCAAAACAAUUGGAAAAGGCGACUGGGUGUCGAAUUAUGAUCCGGGGAAAAUAUUCAAACAAAACCGUGAGUUUUGAAUUUUGAAGGGGAAAUAAAAAGAAAAAUGUGCGGCAUUUGCAUUAGGGCCACGCCCACAAGUAUUUCGGAUUAAUAAAAAUGAAAUUUUGACAAAAAACUCCAAAGAACUCGAACUCGAAUCAUUUUUUCAGUACGGCUAUUCUCAACGUCAAUCAAGCAGCGAAACCCUUGCUGAUUCUCGUCUCCGCGUCGUCCUUCAAACGUGCGGAAUCCGUGCCGAAGCGGAAGAUCGAAUGCGUCGCGCGUUGUAUGUCAUCAAUUCAUUGCUGAUUCCACCACCAGAUGGUCGCGAUGAACUUAAACGUCGUCAACUUUCCGAUUUGGCUGUUAUCAAUGGAACAUAUCGUCCAACUUCAAUUUUCCGAUCAUAA